AGGGAAAUAUCUAAAUAUCUUAAUACAUACAUAGUAAUUCCCAUUUCCACUACUUUUCUUUUGCUACAGUUUCUUUUGAUGCAGUGAGGAAAUCCCAAGACUGUAAUUACUGCUGUACUAUCUUCUCUAUACAGCAUCACUGAAUGAUUUGCCUUAAUAACAUAAUUCUGGGUUGGACUAAUGAUGAUGUCUUGCCUUUUUCUUUGUUUUUCAUGUUUUGUUACUGACUACUUGACAGUUGUGAGAAUCUUUAAGUAUUCUGCAGUAUGGUGGAAGCAGUACUGGUAGAUCUGUUCAGCCUACCAGCCAACUUGCAGAACAUCCAAGAACUGCUAUGUAACACACUGGAAACUAUUGAGAAAUGUUCUUCCAUCCCUGCUCCAUUUGUUUAUGUCAUGUGUUGCCAGAGGCAAGGAAGUGAAAGGAAUGGUGAAAAAGAGUCCUUGCUUCCAGCUCUGAGUGGUUUUCAGAGUCUGAAGAAAAGACUGGAGAUGGUACAUGCCCCGAAUACAGCUGCGGCUUUGUACACCAUCAAACAAAGCCUGGAUGAAAAAGACCUAAGCAUUAUUAAAGUUAUUCUACCUACCUUAAGAAAAGACUUAAUGAAAGUAUAUAUAGAUCAUCUUUUUACAGCAGUCUACCAGUUUGAAUUUGAGGAUUUACAGAUGGCAUAUGAUUGUGAAAACCUGAAGAUAGCUAAAACUCAGAGUGAAAGGCAAACACUUCCUAUACAGGACAUGGCACUCAUCCAAAGCGAGAUUCAGAUGUACUUGGAAAGCCUGCCGAGCCUCAAAGGGGAGCUCACCAUCCUCAGAUCUUCUCUCAUCCCAGAUGAUAUCUUCCUACAUGGAUUUACCACAAGGGCAGGUGGGAUCUCCUACAUACCAACUCUAAGCUCCUGCAAUCUCUUCAGCAGUUCCAAGCGGAGGGACCCACAAGUUGUUGUUAAAGAAAAUCUUCGCCGGCUAGCUAAUGCUGCAGGAUUUAACCCAGAGACUUUUCACAGAGUCAAGGUUGAUCAUGCUAAUGCUGUGUGCAUUAUGGGAAAGACCGAACCUGACAGCUAUGAUGGAAUAGUUACGAAUCAGAAAGGUGUUACAAUAGCAGCUCCAGGUGCUGAUUGCAUACCUGUGCUCUUUGCUGAUCCUGUCAGAAAAGCCUGCGGUGCUGCUCAUUCUGGAUGGAAAGGCACAUUGUUAGGAGUUUCUAUGGCCACAGUAAAUGCUAUGGUAUCUGCAUAUGGCUGUAACUUGAAAGAUAUCCUUGUGGUGCUGGGCCCGUCUGUAGGACCUUGCUGCUAUAAACUUCCUCACGAGUCAGCGGCAGAAUUCCACAGAAUUGAUCCAAAGUGUGUGAGACUAUUUGACUCUGCAAAUCCUCAUAUUGAUAUUAGAAGAGCAACACGAUUUCUGCAAGAACCCCAAGUUUCCAGGCUACACAGCAAAGAAUUCAAUAUUCCUGGAUUCCCUCACUGCUGUCCUCAUUUCCACUCCAUGCUUAAUCUGCUGCUGGGUGAUGCGAAGAGGGAGAUGAACUACACAUACUUGUCCUGAGGCUCAGAGUGGGUUCGGUGUGCUGCUCACCUUGAUGUCAUGUGUGUGAAGCUUUUGUUCUCUGAAUACCAAAGCCCUUCCUGAAGUCCAGCCUCUUGCGCAACAAUAUAAUAGGCCAGUGCACUGAUGGGACCAGUAAAUCCUAUAUGUAACAGAGGAAGUAAUGUAUUGACCUGCUGAGGGAUUUACAUACCUCUAAAGACUGAUAGCAAGCCCUGCCUGUAAGGCUAACUUGUUCUACUUUACAUUUCCAGUAGUUACUAUCCCAUCUUUCCAGAUGAAUGAUUCAGAUAGAAAUGUAUAUAGAUUUAAGAACUGUCCUAAUUUGUAUAUUCUUAUAUCCAGGAUGUUGAUAAUAUUUAUUCAGUGCCACACUUUUUUAUAAGACUAAGAGAUUUUGCUGCUUUGCUUGCUUUUAAUACACAGUGCCUGUGGCUGUGCUGCUAAAAAGCAUGAUUAUGGAUUUCCCAAAGGCAUGCAGAGAAACAGGAAGCUAGCUUUUUUAAGUGAUCCCUCUGAUCUUUCAUUAGUAAUCGUUUAAUUUACAGUACCAUCUCACAUUACAAAUGCUUGGCUGGCUGUCUUUAUCUAUGAGCUCUCAGGGGUCAAAAGAGGCCCACAGAAUUUCUGGAGCAUGGUCCCUGGAGGACAGCAGGACUGAGGUCACUCUCUUCCCCUUCUGCGAACAUGGCAUUAUAUCUCCAGGGCAACCUGAAUUCUGGCAGUCGUGGGAGCAAGGACACAGCAUGGAUUUCCAUUUCAUUCCUGCAACAGAAAAGAGAUCUGAGACCAAAAUCAAUAUAUGACUAAAAUAUGAGAGUUCAUUUUCACAGUUAAUUUUGUCUAAGGGUUCAUUUCCUCUCUUCUUGUGCAAAUAUAAUUCACAAGUUACUAACUACUCCAUUUGUUUUUCUGGUGUUUCCUCUUCUACACAUAGUGAAGGUCUAAACAUCUGAAAUAAAUAAUUGCAGCUUAAAAAUCUGAGGUCUACAUACCCUAAAAUCAAACAAACGUUUUAUAAGGAGGCUGAAAGCAAUGUUUGCAUUUCAAGAUCUAUAACUUAACUAUUACUCAUGUGAUGCAAAUUUUUUAGGCAGCGAUUCAUAGUUCUGGUCAGAUGUUUCAGUUCAAAGGGAUUUUAUCAAUGACAACUAUAGAAAACCCUGCCUAUCUGAAAUAAAUAUCUGAGCAUGUCUCUUUGAGGCACUGAGCUCUACCCUAAGGGAAUAUUCAAACAUACAUCCCUGCUAAAGGAAAGUGUAUUGGUUCUGCUUUGGUUUUCUUUGUUUGAAAGCUAUAAGCUUGAUUUUCCUGCACAAGAAUGAAUCACAAAAAACUCAGUUGUGAAAAUAAAGUUGUGACAGGUGGCUCAAACCCUUUUGGCUGGUUUUAAUAGGUGCUUUUAGUAAGUGCUUCAGAAAAUUAGCAUUAAAUAAAACAGGGUUAUGCAGGCAAUUUUGUUC